CCUUUUACUCUUGUCGAUCUCUCGAUCGGGCAGGGACAACAACGGCCGGCGUCUACUUUGACUUGACUGGUCAACGAUGAUGGCGUGUCAGCAGGUGAAUCGAAGCUAGCUUCGGCAGCGGCGAUCACGAGGAAGAUAGCGUGCGAAGACCAUCAUCUACUCCAAGUAGUCCUUGAGCUAAUCAAUGGCGGAGAAGUAUUAAUUAGGGCCCGUGUCUCAUCUCUCGACCACAGUCUGACGACCCACAUUGCAUGCGCGCGAUGGAUCCAGCUCCAGCAGCCAGCAAGAUGCGGUUCGACUCGCCGGCGUUCCGCGUCCAUGAGGACGGCCGCGUGGAGCGCUUCUUUGGCACGGACACCACCGAGCCCGGCUUCGACGCGGCUACCGGCGUCACCUCCAAGGACGUCGUCCUCGACGGCGCCACCGGCGUCUUCGCCCGCCUCUACCUGCCCGCGCUCCCCGACGGCCCCGACCGCGGGAGGAGGCUGCCCAUCCUCGUCUACUUCCACGGCGGCGGUCUGGUCCUCGGCUCGGCCGCCUCCCAGAUGUACCACGGCUACCUCAACUCCGUCGUCUCAAGGGCCGGCGUCCUGGCCGUGUCCGUCGACUACCGCCUCGCGCCGGAGCACCCGAUCCCGGCGGCCUACGAGGACUCCUGGAUGGCGCUCGGCUGGGCCGCGUCGAGGGCCGACCCGUGGCUGUCGGAGCACGGCGACGCCGGCCGCAUCUUCCUGGCCGGCGACAGCGGCGGCGCCAACAUCGUCCACAACAUGGCGAUCAUGGCCGGAAGUGCUGAUGAUGACAACGGUUUACCCGUGGGGGCGGUGGUGGAGCGGGUGAUCCUGCUGCACCCCAUGUUUGGCGGGAAGGAGCCGGUGGACGGCGAGGCGGCGGACACGAGAUAUCACAUGGAGAAGCUCUGGGCCCUGAUAUGCCCGGACGGCGACGGUCUAGGGGUGGACGACCCGAGGCUGAACCCGAUGGCUCCUGCGGCGCCGAGGUUGCGCGCGCUGGCUGGCCGGAGGCUGCUCGUCUGCUCGGCCGAGAGGGACUUCGCGCGGGCGAGGGCCGCCGCGUACUAUCAGGCUGUCAAGGGGAGCGGGUGGCCUGGCACGGCGGAGUGGGUGGAGUCCCCGGGGGAGGAGCAUGGGUUCUUCCUCCUCCAGCCGGAGCGCGACGAGUCGUCGGCCCUCAUGGACCGGGUGGUCGCCUUCCUCUCCGGCGAAUGAUCUAAAGAAGAUCGACUUUUCUGGUCAAUAAUAGAUUUUUUUUACCGGUCAAUAAUACUUUACACAAACUGAAAAAGGGGUGCUGUUUGUGACGGGUCGGUGAAUCUCAGCCCUUGAUAUGCCCUUCUUUAAAUAUCCAACGACCCACAUUUUGUUUCAUUCUUCAAAGAAUCAUACUUUUCUACGGCGGUGGAAAGCCGGGCAAUGCA